ACGUAGCUUUGUGAAAGACGGACGGCUGAUGGAGACAUUUUAAAAUAAACACACAGCUAACUGCUAACAGGGCUCGCUAAGGUGCGAGCGCACUGCGCCAAAACACAUUCAAAUUCUUCCAAGUUGUAAAGAAGUAAAGUAUAUUUAGGAGUUCAUUGUUUAUGCAUCGUAAAUCAAAGAGGGUACAAAAUACCGAAGAUGUUGAAAAGUCUGACACUGGGAAAAGAAGAAUAUAACUAACGCCGCGCAGGUGAGCUCCUGUCCAGGCACAUUGGUCCAUGUUCGCUGGACCUUUGGGCUCUGGGCUUAGCAUGAAGAUGGCUGACUCUGACAAGGCAGAGGAUUUUGUGGAUGCUGAGUGCCCCUCAGAGUGCCUUGAUGAAGCACAAUCAGCCACAGGCUCUACUCAGGGAGAGCUGGAUGAGCAUCUGAAAACAGAGACCUCCACCAGUACCAGCUCACCACCAAGGGAAAAGGAGGCAGACAGCCCCUUGAAUACAGAGGGUGAGCAGAGUCUCCUCUCCAUGCCAUGCCUGAUGAAGGAGCUGCGCAGAGACUCCCCAGAGUCCCAGCAUGCCUCUACAGGGAGUGACAAGCCUGUAUCUCGUCAUAUCUAUGAGAGUGACUCCUCAAACCCCUGCAUGCUGUCCCCCUCAUCCAGUGGCCACCUUGCUGACUCAGACACACUCUCCUCAGGGGAAGAAGGUGCUGCCCCUCCCAUAGGAAAAGAUGAAGAGGGCAACAUGGAAGCUUCAAAUGAUGCUGGGCAGGCAGCAGGAAGGCAAUCGUCUGCCACGGCUACAGGCGGGAGGAAGUCUCGGCGGUCACGCUCAGAGAGCGAGAUGCCGCCUAUUGCAAUGGCUGCAAAGAAAAACCGCUGCCAGCCCACCCUGGUAGCUGCAGGAGGGCAGGAAAAACAAACCAAUGGCAAGCUGGCAAAAGUGAAAGGUCAUCGAAGCCAGAAACACAAGGAGCGAAUGCGUUUGCUGAGGCAAAAACGGGAAGCAGCCGCACGGAAGAAAUACAACCUGCUGCAGGACAGCAGUACGAGUGACAGCGAGCUCACGUGCGACUCCAGCACCAGCUCCUCUGAUGACGAGGAUGAUGACACUUCAGGAGGUAGCAAGACAAUCAAGACAGAUAUUUCAGACGGGCUUCCAGUAGUGGGUCACUAUGAUAUUUCAGACACUGAUUCUAACCAGGAGAGUAUGAGUGUGGAGACAGUCCGGCCCACGGUGAUAAAGCAUGAGCUAAAAACACACAGAGGCCAGGAUAUGGCAGCUCACUCUGGGUGUAUAAGAGCUCUGUGCUCGAUCUCAGGCCACGUGGAGGCAGCGCUGUCGCACAAGGGAAGUUCUCAACACAACAAGGGCCACAUUAACAUUGCUUCCUCUGACAGCGAGGUGGAAAUAGUCGGAGUGCAGGAGAAAGCACGAUGUGCCCACCCGUGCGGAGGCGUGAUAAAGAGUCUGUCCACCUGGAAGGAGAACUCAGUGGAGCAGUUAAACAGCACAAAUCAACCACAGCUCUGGACUACUGUUUCCCCUCAGCCCAACUGGGUGUCCCCCCCCGAAGUGGUGGACCUCACGCUGGACGAGGACGCCGGACACAAAUACCUACUUUAAGCUGUACACUGAAGACUCCUUAUUCCUCCCUCUCACUCCUCCUCCCUCUUGCCUUCGCCUUCAUGUUACGGCUGAAAUCCUUCCUGUAGUUGCGGCCUCGCCUGUAACCUCGUGGACUCUUCCUGCUCUGGAGUUUGUUUGUUUUUUAACUUACUGUUAAACAAUCAUGUGUAUCAAAGCCAUUCUACUGACGUGAUUCCCCGAUCAUGGCUCUGAAUUUAGUCGUAAUAAAUGGCUCAGCAUUUCAAGUGCAGGUGGAAAUGUGAGUAAGAUUUCUCUGUUGAUGGCAAUAUCCUACCUUCAUCUAAUACCUCAGCUACCCCUCGGUGUACGUUGCCUCUCUCUGUGUGUGUGUGUGUCUGUGUGUGUGUGUGCUUUGCAAGCUGUAAAGUGGAAACCUCCAGAUGCUGCUUGAGAGCACGUCAUGAUCACAUCCUGGCUGUUGAUCUGCUUCACUACAGACUGAACGGCAUCUCUUCAUAUUCGGCAUUUUGUUCCCGUAGUCUCCUGCGCUCGAGGCCUGAGCGGCAGCUGCUACUUUCUUUGUGUUGCACAGUCGAACACGGAGUUUGUUUUGUCUUUGGGGUCAGUUCAGUUUUCAAAGGUCUCACCACUGGUUCCCAUCUCUUUCAGUUUCACACGGGUACAGCCGACGCUCUGGUGCCGCUGAGGGUUUUUGGUUCAUCUUAAAUACUCUGACGUUGUGAAACUACGCUCCUUCACUUUCUUGCAGAGACUUAAUGAGCCUCUUGUUCAGCUCGUCUCUCGUAAAUGCUUCGUUUCGCAAGCGGGCGUCGUCUUUGUGCUGGUGCUGUGACUGAUGUCACGCUUAGGAAAGGAACAUUUAACUGGAGGAUUCUUCUCGUUUCAUCUGAACGAUGAAUCGAACUUCAAAUGUUGCCAAAUUCCUCCUUCAGCACUUCUAAAGAUCGCUAAUUAACAAGUCUCGAUUGUUUAUUCCCUCAAAAACUGAAGUGUGAAGACGAUAAUUCGCUGCCUUCAGGGCGUAAUGUGCCGGACUACUUCUUGGCAGAGAUGACCCGCGUUGAGUGAUAUGAUCGCCUCUAACGUUCCCCAGAAAGUGAAUCAGCGUAUUUCCCCAAAAUGAUUCUUUUAAAUCCACAGCUUUUGCUUCUGUUACCAUUAUACAAUAAGUUGUUCCUUCUUUAUGAAAACCAACUGAACCCCACUGGUUAAACUGACUCUGAGGGAGAAGUACACACAAGUACACACAAGUACACACAACACAGCACUAUAGGUGGUGCUGGUGUAUUUUAGGGAGUCUGCCGUGUUGCUACAGAGUCCCAGGUGACGUAGUCAUCAGUGAAUGUAUGACCUGCAGUGCUGACUGGUGCACUUACUGUUUGCAUGCUCAUCCUGAGUGGAUGCAAACUCCUUUAACCCUCCGGGGACCCUUUACACCACCUGAAGAAAUGUAUCUUCCAUGAAUACUGCAAAGCGAGACGGCGGCCUGAAUGCCUUGAAAUGUGCACUAUUUUCUUUUAGAAUCGUACAAAGCUUAUUCUUUUACUUUACAAAGCAGAGGAUUUUGCUAUCAACAAUAAAUAUUUUAAUAAUAGAUGUGAAUUUUAGCGCACACACACACACACACACACACACACACACACAAAGUAUAAGUGGUGUUGAGUUUGUACCCAUGUGUGGGGCGUUUAUAGAAGUUUUACUGUAUGAACUGUCCCCUGAUCCUCGGGGCUCGCUCUCCCUGUGCUCUUACUUUUGUCUUCAAGCUGGUAAAAGUGUUUUUACCGAGCGUCACAACGUUUUAACACUUAGUUUUAUUUCAUAUUGAGUAACGUCUACUUUCCUAAGUGAGAAUUGUAGAAUCAAAUGAUCCCCGUCUGCUGGUCACAGACGGCGUCUCUAAAUAUAAAAGGAACUAAACCAAAGUCUAAAUGGAAUUUGUUUGUUUUUCUGGAUUCUUUUAUUUGCUCUGUAAAUCUAAAAUCCUUUUUGAUUUGAAAGUCGAUCCAUUUGUUGUGAAAUGACUUGAUUUGUGUUUGAAAUUCAAGGUAAAGUUUAGUAUAAUGUGAUGUUUUGUUUUCCUCUGGCCAGUUACUUCCACUAUACGCAGCUACCACUGUAACGUUCUUACAGACCACUUCUGCUGGCAAAGUUCAUUUUGCUCUUGUUCUUUAGGAUUAUUAUGAGAUGUUAGUGCGACCGAGCUUCGGUAGAACAGGAGGGCAGUGAUGCUCCGCUGUGGUUGCACAAAGCAUGUUCACAUCUUUAACCUCGAGUCACAUAUUCUCCUCAUCACCAGUAAUUUAGCUUUGCUGUUUGGUUAUUGUUUUAUUUUACUGUCAGUAUUUUUAAAUUAACAAAAAAAAAUGUGUUUUAUUUUGUUGCUUCUGCAAGUCCCCUACUUCCUUGAAAUUAUGUCUGUAGAACAAAAAGAAACUAUUUUAAAACUAAAUAAAUAGAGCGUUAUUUAAUGGG